UAGUAAGAGUUAAACAAUUUAAGAAAAACCAAAUUUCAAAAAUUCAGGCUUCUAUUCGUAAAGCAAAUAAGAUUCGUCCUGCUCAAUUCCAACAAGAAGCCAAUAAAUUAUUUAGAAUACAAUGUGAGGCAUUAGAACAUCUUGACUUUUUUGAAGAAUUUGAAAAAUUUGCCAAUUCUGAUAUAUUAGAACCAGCAAAUCUACCCAAAUAUGAAUGCUUAACUACAAAAAUCCCAAAUUCAACUUUUAGCUCUAAAGUUACUAACCAAUUAGAAAGUAAUGAUGAGAAUUCUAAAGAAGAAAAAGCAUAUGAAAUUCUUAGUAGUUUUCUUAUCUGGCAAUGUAGCAAAAAAACUACAAGUCUA